CGCGUGGAGCGGGGUUGGGGCUGUCAGGCGGGCGGGGCCGCCUAGGACCCUGAAGGGGCCGAUCGUCUCGCGCUGCAGAGCCUCCUCUCCCACCUCUCUCCCUCCGGGGUUUGGCAUCCCUCGGGGAGCAAGAAGCCCCUUCCAGCCCUGACAGCGGGCCGGGCAGGCGGUGCGGUCGGGCCCGGGGGCGGAUGCUCGCGGGUGGGCCGGGCCGGCCGGCUGCGGGGGAGGCGGGCUGCGUUAUUUCCCGCUAGGGCCAGACUCCGGGAGGGACUGGCCUGCACCGUGCUCUCGGCCCCAGCCAGCGCGCGCCGCCCCUCGGGCAGGGCCUGGAGGCGAGCGAGGCGGCGGCGCGGCAUUCCGGGCCUCGGGCCGGGCGCGUGAGCGGGCCGGGGCCGGAGCCGGGCCGACGCCCCAGCGGCGCCUCUCCCACGCUCGCGGCCCCUCCCCCUCCCUUCCUUGCUUCCCCUCGGAUCUCCCGGGAGCGGCGGGCGGACGCGAGCCGCGGCGGGCGCCCGAGCUUUGUGCGCGCCCGCGGGCCCGGGGCGAGCUUCGGGCGGCCCAACUUGGCGGCGGCCGGCGGGCUCCCGGGAGGGAGUUGUGAGGCGUGGCCCGGUGGAGGAGGCGCCUGGGGGGGCGUGGGGCUCCCCGGCGAGCGGGAGGGACAGAGCGAGGCGCGCCGGACAAUGAGCUGGGCAGCUCGGCGCUGCGGCCACUUUUAGGGGGGCGCGGGCCGGCCGGCGCCUCCGCGGCUCCACCUGCGAGGAGAGGGCGGGAUGCCAGAGCUGGGUGUCCCGGCGCUCUGAGGCUGCUCGCAGUUAGACGUCCCUGAGCCGGUGCUCGCCUUGACCCUGGGCUACCUGCAGGCUUUGGCUGGGACGUGUUUCGUGGGGGCGCCCCUGGAGCAGCCGCGAUGGCCAGCACCAGGAGUAUCGAGCUGGAGCACUUUGAGGAACGGGACAAAAGGCCGCGGCCGGGGUCGCGGAGAGGGGCGCCCAGCUCCUCCGGGGGCAGCAGCAGCUCCGGCCCCAAGGGGAACGGGCUCAUCCCCAGCCCGGCUCACAGUGCCCACUGCAGCUUCUACCGUACGCGGACCCUGCAGGCCCUGAGCUCGGAGAAGAAGGCCAAGAAGGCGCGCUUCUACCGGAAUGGGGACCGCUACUUCAAGGGCCUGGUGUUUGCCAUCUCCGGCGACCGCUUCCGGUCCUUCGAUGCGCUGCUUAUGGAGCUCACCCGCUCUCUGUCGGACAACGUGAACCUGCCCCAGGGUGUCCGCACCAUCUACACCAUCGACGGCAGCCGGAAGGUCACCAGCCUGGACGAGCUGCUGGAAGGUGAGAGUUACGUGUGUGCGUCGAAUGAACCGUUUCGUAAAGUUGAUUACACCAAAAACGUUAAUCCAAACUGGUCUGUGAACAUCAAGGGUGGGACCACCCGAGCCUUGGCUGCUCCCUCCUCAGUGAAGAGUGAAGUGAAGGAAAGUAAAGAUUUCAUCAAACCCAAAUUAGUGACUGUGAUUCGAAGUGGAGUGAAGCCUAGAAAAGCUGUGCGGAUCCUUCUGAAUAAGAAGACUGCUCAUUCCUUCGAACAGGUCUUAACAGAUAUCACCGAAGCCAUUAAACUGGACUCAGGAGUGGUGAAGAGGCUCUGCACGCUGGACGGGAAGCAGGUUACUUGUCUGCAAGACUUUUUUGGUGAUGAUGAUGUUUUUAUUGCAUGUGGACCUGAAAAAUUCCGUUACGCCCAAGAUGACUUUGUCCUGGAUCACAGUGAAUGCCGCGUCUUGAAGUCGUCUUAUUCUCGCUCCUCAGCUGUUAAGUAUUCUGGAUCCAAGAGCCCUGGGCCUUCUCGACGCAGCAAAUCACCAGCUUCAGUAAAGAGGGGUGGCCACUACUCCAGGGCCUACUCUACGGCCAAAUCCCCAGUUAAUGGAACUCCCAGCAGCCAGCUUUCCACUCCUAAAUCUACGAAAUCCUCCAGUUCCUCUCCAACUAGCCCAGGAAGUUUCAGAGGAUUAAAGCAGAUUUCUGCACAUGGCCGAUCUUCUUCCAAUGUAAAUGGCGGGCCUGAACUUGAUCGUUGCAUGAGUCCUGAAGGUGUGAAUGGAAACAGGUGCUCUGAAUCGUCAACUCUUCUUGAGAAGUACAAAAUUGGGAAGGUUAUUGGUGAUGGCAAUUUUGCAGUCGUCAAAGAGUGCAUGGACAGGUCCACAGGAAAGGAGUUUGCCCUAAAGAUUAUAGACAAAGCCAAAUGUUGUGGAAAGGAGCAUCUGAUUGAGAACGAAGUGUCGAUCCUGCGCAGAGUGAAACAUCCAAAUAUCAUCAUGCUGGUUGAGGAGAUGGAAACAGCUACUGAGCUUUUUCUGGUGAUGGAAUUGGUCAAAGGUGGAGAUCUCUUUGAUGCAAUUACUUCUUCAACCAAGUACACUGAGAGAGAUGGCAGUGCCAUGGUGUACAACCUGGCCAACGCCCUCAGGUACCUCCAUGCCCUCAGCAUUGUGCACAGAGACAUCAAGCCAGAAAACCUCUUGGUGUGUGAAUAUCCUGAUGGGACCAAGUCUUUGAAACUGGGAGACUUCGGGCUGGCCACUGUGGUCGAAGGCCCUUUAUACACAGUCUGUGGCACCCCGACUUACGUGGCCCCAGAAAUCAUCGCUGAAACCGGCUAUGGCCUGAAGGUGGACAUUUGGGCGGCUGGCGUGAUCACGUACAUACUGCUCUGUGGAUUCCCACCCUUCCGAAGUGAGAACAAUCUCCAGGAAGAUCUCUUCGACCAGAUCUUGGCUGGGAAGCUAGAGUUUCCGGCCCCUUACUGGGACAACAUCACGGACUCAGCCAAGGAAUUAAUCAGUCAGAUGCUUCAGGUAAACGUUGAAGCGCGGUGCACUGCGGGACAGAUCCUGAGUCACCCCUGGGUAUCAGACGAUGCCUCCCAGGAGAAUAAUAUGCAGGCUGAAGUAACAGGUAAACUCAAACAGCACUUUCAUAACGCGCUCCCCAAACAGAACAGCACCACCACCGGGGUCUCCGUUAUCAUGAACACGGCUCUAGAUAAGGAGGGCCAGAUCUUCGGCAGCAAGCUCGGCGCGGACGGCAGCCGGCCCGGCCUGGAGCCCGCUGCCCCGGAGCCCCCUGCGUCCCCGGAGUCGCCCCCGCGCUCUCCUGCCGCCGCCGCCGCGGAGUGCGAGCGGGCGGGGACCUGGCGCCGGCACCGCGACUAACCGGCCGCCCCCGCCGCCCGCAUCGCUGCCCGCACCGCGCGUGGCAUCGCCGGGGCGGACAGCGCGCGCCUCCAGGGCCACCGCUUCCCGCGCGCUCCGCUCGGGUCCUGGAGGGGCCUGUGCGCGUCGCCUUCGGGGACAGGUCCUCGGAGUGGCUUCGUUUAAAUUCUCUGUCUUCUCAGUUCAGUGGAUAUUUGACGGCGUCACCAGGAGAAUGUGCAACUUUUAUCUGACAUUGAGCGCAUUUUUAUAGAAACACUUUGGAUGCACCAAGAUCUCUCUCUUAUUUAAGUAAACUCAGGAGGGCUCCCUUUUUCUUACAAGCAACUCAGAACUGCGUCUGUCCCUUUGUGGGCGCCCUUCCUCUGCUGACGGGGGUCGGGGGCUGGCUUCCCGCGCAAGGCUCGGAGCCCGAGCGGACCCCCUGGUCCCGGCGCUCCGCCCAGCCUCGGGGGCUCGUCUAGGACGACACUGGCUCUGGACUUGUGCGCAGACCGCAGGGAAGGCCGUUUCUUCCCUAGAAGUUGUGUUUCCCUGACUUCCCACGACCGUAUUAGAAAAUGCUGACGACCUUGUCCUUGGGGCUUUUUAACGAGAGGCGUGGUGCAUGCCGCGUCGCCGGGGCGCUUCCUUCUCCAGGUCCGGCUGCGGGCAGAGCAGGACCAACCAGCGGCCCCAGGAGCCGCCGGAGCCUCCCUUCUCCAUCUGCUUUUCAUCUGCAGCGGCGGCAACAACCCCCAGGAAGCGCGGGGCACAGUCGGGACUGGGCGGGAAGGUGCCUGCAGACAUCCUCUGUUACUAACCUUCUGGAAGGCUGCUGGCAGUUUUUCCUUUUUUUCCACCACCCUGCUCUUUUUAAUGAUUGUAUAUAAUCAGUGUAUUUGUUUUACCUGCUCAUCUUCUAAACGGGUGGGCCUGUAGUUCAUUCUCAUUGUUAGACUUUUGCCGCCUACAAGUGUAUCCAAUAAAUUUUCCUCCUUGAGAAA